AUGUUACAAUCUUUACCUGUGGAAGAAACUAACUUGUUUGAAAAAUGUGUUGCAGAUGAUCAGCAGGAAAAAGAUGUUGUAUGUAAUGAUCAGUUUGAGUAUGUUGGAGCAAAGAGGGACAACUCUCUUUCAUGUUAUAAUGGAGAAGUGGGCAAUAGUGAUGCCAGCCCUGAACGCAGUGAUUAUGAUGAGGAUCAAGAUGAAAAUGAGGAUGAAAUUAUACAAAAUGCUGUGGAAAUGUUUAAGAAAUACUUUCAAUUUUCAGCUACCAAGUACAAAACUUUAGAUUUGGGUCAUGAAACAGAUGGCAGUAAACCAGAAACUUGUGCUUCCAGCUACAGCCAAGAUAACAUUCAAAGUUUGUGUUCAGAAAUGCAGACCAGACACCUGAAAACAACACUAGCUUGUGAUGUAUGUGUAGAUUUGGAAGCUGAUUCAAAGCAGGUAAAUUCUUUAACAAUUUCUCCAGUUAGUAGUUGUGCUGACAACUCUGUUACAAAUACAUAUUCCUCAACAUUUGAAGGUGAAACAUUACAACUGGCAUCUGAUCUUCCAGCUGGAGAAUUAAAGCGGAGUAAUCCAGGAGCUCAGUCACUUGCCAAAAUGUGUCUUACAAAAACCAGCCGUGAUGAUCCAUCUUUGAAUGUCCCACAGUUUGUUAUUAAAUCCUCUCCAUCACCUCUCACAUGUGUCAAAUCACACGAAUUGACUUGUUCAAGCAACGAUGUCAUUCACUUUCAUUCAGCAAACAACUUUGAUAAAAGGCUGGACACAAAUGGGAUAAAAACGUAUGCAUCAAGUAACACAAAUAUAACCUCAAAAAGAAAUUUUUCAAAUAUGAUAGCAAAAGAAUCGCAGAACAAAGAGUUAAAGAAAAAAAAUAUGUUUGAGAGAGCAAAACAGUCUGUGUUCACAUGUAAGUCAAUCAAAGUGGGGGUACACCAAACUAUCCCAUACUCUGGCUCUCGAGCAGCUACCAAACGGCCAAAUUCUUCUUGCACAACGGGCAGUGAAAACUUUGAAGCCUCAGAAAAUAAAAAAAUGUGCAGGCAGAAUAUAACUAGAAAUACAAGUGACUUAAGAAUGAAUGCAUCAUGUCUGCUGCUGGCUGAAAUUGUGGAGGAACAUAAUUCUUCACAGCCUCAUACAGCUGAAGGACAGGUUGAUUCAUUUGUGCAUGAUCAAUCUGCAGGGGCUUACGAACUUGACAAGCAUUGUGCCACAGAGAAUUUCCCUAAACAGUAUUCAUUGGUACAAACUUGUGAAGAAAGUCAGGAGAAUUUUUCUAAGCUGCAUUCAGUGAUACAAGCUUAUGAAGAAAUUCAAGAGAAUCUGAUGAGAGGGGCUAAUCAAACACUGACACAAGAUAGCAAGAAAUCUUUCACUGCUGCACGUGGGGCCAAAGCAACCAAACAAUGCUCUGUUUGUGAAAUUAGGUAAACAGAUGCCAAACUCCUUGUCUAUACAAAAAAUUUAAAAAAAUUCUCAUAGCUUUAUGAUGCAAUAUAUUAACUAUAAUAUAAACAUGAAAAAAUUUAUUAUUAUAAUACAAAGAUGCAUAAAUUGUAUUCCCCUUCUGCUCUCUUUUCCUUAAGAUUUACGACCAAUAAAUCUCUAAAAAGACACAUUCAGACCAAUGCCAUGUUCAAGGAUGCAUGUAGAUGUAAAGUAAGUAACUGUUGCUUCAAAGUCAUCCUGUUUUUAUGUCAUCACAGAUCUCAAGGCAGUUUGUGAUCUCAGUUUCAAUUGACGGCUUACAUUAUUCUGUGUGAGAAAAAGCUAACAGGCGUUAUUUUUUAAAGCUUAUAUAAAUAGGCGAAGGGUCAUAAAUAGUCUCUAGCAUCCAUUUUUUUUAUUUGAAAUAUAUUUUCCAUUAACAUGGAUAUGAAACAAAUUAUUACUUUCUGAUGCGCUUUGGCCCUUCGCAAAAAAUAUUGCUGACCCAUUUUUUUUUCUACUUUCAAACAACUUUUGUACAAUGUAUCAUUGAAAUAGCCUUUUUUAAAAAAAAUAUGUUUGAAGUUAACUUUAUUGUUAUGUAUCAAAUGUUUUGACAAUAUCUCUAAAAUUCCAUAUUAAGGUAUGCAGCAGGAAGUUCCACAGCUUGCACAAACUAAACAUCCACAUUUACAAGUUCCACCAAGUCAGCGGCAAACCCAAAUGUCUGACUUGCAAUUUUCAGUGUUCAAACCUCCGUUGUCUGGCACAGCAUGUUUUGGUAAGACUCAAAAUGCAUAGUACUCAGCUCAGUACUAAAGAAUUUAAUUGUUCACAUUAAUUUUGUCUUAUGUUUUGCCUUAUGCAUUUAAAGCUAAUUUAAGUACUCAAUGGUUUCCUUUGGACUGAAAAUGUAGAUAUUAUUUUUUUGCUAAAAAAUAUUAAUUUUUAAUGAACAUUAUAACCAGAAAAUCUACUGUUUUCCUGCUAGCAAGCUCAAAAAUAUGAUAAAUCAAUGUAAAAUGUUAUAGCUACACUUGUUUUCAAAGAAUCUUAUCAUGUUAAAUGUAUUAAAGAGUAAAUAACAGACCUGUUUACCCUCAAACUCUUAAAAUCGUACAAUAUCAUGACAAAAUCGUUCAAUACAUUAUGUAAAUAGUAAAAAAUAAACAUACAAUAUAUAUAAUGUAUAUCAUCUCAAAAUCGUACAUUGUGCGCCGAAAUCGUAAGAGUAAACAGAUAUAAAAAAAUAAUUAUAAAUGUUUUCUUCGAAUCUUUUAAAUAGAUCAGAAUUAUACUUCAUUUUCUUAGAAACAUACUCAAGAUAAAUAUGGCGAUUCAGCAAAACUGCAAAGCUCCGCAGUAGCAUCACCUGCAUCCCCAACUAAAGGCAAGGCAUGGAAGUGUGCCACAUGUGGAUUCAUCUGUCUCAAUCAGGCACACAUCAUAGCAGCCCACAAGUGUAAAGACCAUCCAGUAAGUGAGAUCAGCCAGUGUCCUGGUGUUUCAUUACAUCCUUGUAAGGAUGCUCAUCCAGUAAAUAUAUGAAAAAUAUGCUGAAGGGGGAAAGGGCUCUGCCAUAUUAUGUAGAUGGAUGCACCCUUAUCAUGACCUGGGUUAACUGUGUUGUUGUAAUGGUGCUUUAUUAAAUCCUUUAUAAAAAUGUGCAGCUUCUUUUCAUAAAACUGCAGGCAGUUGGGUGCCCACUCUUUCAAUAUUUUAAAAUUUGUUACUAAACAUGUGUAAUUAGCACAGAGGCAUAGCCAGUGUUAGUGCCCCAUGGAGGCGUUCUUUGCGUAAAGCAUUUUAAAAUUAUUUUCUAAUUUAUAGUAUAUUUAAACUCGUUUUUUAUCAAAAAUCUUUUUUUUAAAAAUUGGUUUUAAAAAAAAAUAAAAAUUAAUUAAUUUUUUUCUGCUUCAGUUCUUUUUUGUCAUGUCCAAUACUUAACGCAGUGAAAGUUUUUACCAUUUUAAAUUAAAAUUUUAGAAAUAUCAUUUUGGUGAUACCUGUGAAUGUCUGAGUGGAGAUUUUGUAUCAUUAACAGAAUAAGUGCAAGAAAUGUGACAAAAGAUUCCCAACCCGCAGCUCCUUCAACCUCCACAUGGCGAGUCACACUAAUCGAGUGCACGAGUGUGAUUUGUGUGGCCAGCACUUCAAAACUAAAACCAGUUGUCACUAUCACAGACUGUCACAUGGAACAAAUCAAGGAGGGUAUCUCUGUCAGGUAGCCUAUAAAUGUCAAAUAAAAAUCUGAAAACUUAAAUGUUCAGCACUAAUUAGCUUCUGUGUCUUAAACAAACUUUAAAAUUGUUUUUUUUUUUAAUGUGGCUAUGUUAUUUCAGAAUUAUCAUUUUUCAUUUCUUUUGCUAUAGGCAUUGCAAGUCAAAAGCUAUAAAGGCUAAUUAUUAAAUAAUUUGUAUUGACAUUUAUAUGCACUUUAUCCUUAUUUCUCUUAUUCGACUUAAAAUUAACAUAUUUUAAAAAUUCUUCAUGACCCUGAACAGCAGGUUAAAAUAGAUUCUAAAGACAAGAAAGAAUGCCCCACUUAUCUGUGCAGUGAGUGUGAUAAAGUAAGUUGUCCAGUUGAGUAG